AGCAGCAGUAGGUGAGUUCAGUGGUGGUGGUGGUGGGGACAGGACGUGUGUGCGUGGUGAUAGUGUGCAGCCUCCGGAUCCUUCAUCCCGAUCCUUCCCAUCCCUGAGUCUCAAGACACAUGCUGCUGUCACACCAGACAAAGAUUUGUUGUAGGACAUGAGAUGCAGACGUGAGGUGAAGACCGCCUGCAGUUUCUGAUACUUUAGAGAUCGUCCACACCCAGCGAUUGUUAUCUUAGUCAAACGCAAGCCUACGCACUGGCCACACCGCCUACACACUGGCCACACCGCCUGUACACCUGAAAAGCCAGACUGCUAGCAGAUACCCAGGCAACAUGGAAGAGAGAAAAAUAAUCGCUAGAGCGGUAAUAAUUCAGGCAAAAUUUCGCACUAAUGCGAAUACCAGCGAAUCAUGCUCCUUUGAGUAAAAUUUAUAUGCAUUAUACCUAGUAUGUAAACAGUGAACAGGAUGUUGUCGUAAGUAUAAGGGAAGCUCAACAGAGGUGCUGAAGUGGAAUGCAGACAUAUACUAGAUCCUUGGAAGAAAGGAGGCCAUAAAAGGCCUAAGGCUUUAGCUGCUGGGCCCUGGAUGCCGGAACUGGUGUAUCCUUUACAGCAGCUGAUGUGAAUUCACAAGGUCUGGAUCCGCUAAGAUGGUGUAGUGAGGGAAUUCGGUGCUCGGUAACGAUGGUGCUCUAGUUGUUUACUUCCACUGGUGAGAGGGUCCAGCCCGCCGACCUCUUAAGUUUCUACCUCACUGCGGGAACUUACUCUGAUACGUCCCUGCACAACUGUUAUUAUUGUAUAAAGAAGACACCCUGGUAGGCGAAACGUCUCCUAAAUAUAAGUUCCCCUGAUAUAUUCCUGUCCACGGUGGACUAUAUUUUCAUGCGCGUAAAAAGUUGCAGUAUAGGUCAAGUGUUACUGGUAGUCAGUGACUGAGUAAUUCGGUAAAUUUUUAUUCCAUUCAUAAUAAGUGUGCCCUGUGUUGACAUGGAAAACAUAUCUUUCACCUUGGAGCCAGAGCUGUGCACGGGCGUCAUGUGUCCACUACAGCCGGACGAGUACAAGGCUCUUGAGGGACACGUCGUUCCCGGAACCACCAUCGGGGAAGAAGUCAAUCCAUUCACCGACCAGCUGGAGUCAUUCCUGAUGAGUUCGGUGCUUCCAACAGGAGCCAACCAAACCCUCCACUGGCAGGAGAUCGUCAACAUCCUGCAGGAGACCAACCAGAAGAGCUACCUGGGAACGGCCGCCAAGGUUUCCCUCAUCACCAUCUACUCCCUCCUGAUAACAGUCGGGAUCUUAGGAAACCUCAUUGUGGCUUUCGUCAUCGGUCAUCGACCGGAGCUAAGAACCGCUCGCAACGUUUAUAUCGUCAACCUGACUGUGUCUGACGUCAGUAUGUGCCUGGUGUGUAUGCCAUUCACUCUGGUAGGUCUCUUGCACAAGAACUGGAGUCUGGGAAACUUAAUCUGCAAGUUAGUGCCGGUGUUGCAAUGUACCAACAUUCUCGUGUCAACAGCGACUAUCGUGGCCAUCGCAGCUGAUCGCUACUUAACGAUAGUUUGUGUCAAGAGAAGUAAAGACCCUCGGGCAUACAUACCGUGGUCCGUAGCUGCCAUAUGGCUAGUAUCUUUAGUGUUCCCACUGCCUUUAUUUGCCUAUUACUUCGUGAAGAAGGUGCAGAUCAAGGACUACCUUCUGUAUGAGAAGUGUAUGGAGUCGUGGUCGUCACCGGUGGUGAAAUACACUUGGAACAUUACUCUCAUCGUUAUGCAGUACAUUAUCCCCAUCCUGGUGCUGAGCUUCGUGCACGGCAGGAUACACAACUACCUGAGCAGCCAUAAGAUGUCGCAACGGGACGCCCGCAGAGCGCAGAGGGAAAUCGAGCGUAAUAGGAGGACCACAAUACUGCUCACCUCUAUCGCCGUUACCUUCGCCAUCUGUUGGCUUCCCUGGCAUGUGGUCAACCUGCUGGCGGAUUUCAACUACGCUGGCUUCCAAGAGCCCGAGUAUUUCUACAUGGUGUUUGGGUCGUGCCACGCCGUCGCCAUGAGCUCAGCCUGUAUCAACCCCAUCCUCUACGGCUGGCUCAACACCAACCUGCGCAAGGAGAUGACGCAAGCACUUCCAAUACUACUAAGAAAGACCUCUUGUCCGGUGCGACGCUCAGGCAACACCCUCAGCAGUGUGUCUGCGAAGCGACCGACGGUGGAGAGCGUCUCUCUGCUGGUGCACCGGCCGGAGAGGGAUGACGCCCGCCGUGGCAAGGCCGGCGGUACAGGAGAGAUGAUGUCCGGGAGAGAGACCACACCAGCUGCUGAAGCAGCUAAGGAGAACCACCUGACGGGGACACCUUUCCUCAGGAUAGAGUCGGCGACGAUGGAGGAAGUCACAGAGCAAAUCCACGACGAGACCUAGCAGGCUCAGCGUGGAACUUCAGUCAACAAAGAGGGAUGUAGAUAAGCUGUGAACAAUUAAAUAUAAGACUAUCAAGCAACAGGACGUAGAGACGUCACCCUCAGUGCCAAACCUCAAAUACAGUGAAGGAUCAUCGUAGUAGGUAACGACUAAGACUUUACUACAUGAGCGCCAACUCCAAAGCCACCAGCAACAGACAUCACUGAACCAACACAGCAAGAGUGAAAAACACUACAGUUUCGUCAGUCGUAGGGAGGAAAAGAAUACUUUACCCUGCAUGUAUCAAAAAGUAGAAGAGGAGGAAGAAAGAUUGAUGUAACGUCCAGAGCAAAGUUUGGCACUAAAUCUCCGAUCAUGUGUUUCAUUAUAAGGUGUUGAGUGUUAAAAAAUAAAAGAUCUGUGGGCGCAAGAAAAUGGGAAGCGAGGUAGUGGAGGCAGGAACCAUACAUAUCUUUAAGACGAGGUAUGAUAAAGCUCACUGAGCAGGGAGAGAGAGGACCUAGUAGCGAUCAGUGAAGAGGCGGGGCCAGGAGCUGAGUCUCAACCCCUGCAACCACAAAUAGGUGAGUACAAAUAGGCGAGUACGUACACACACACACACACACACACACACACACACACACACACACACACACAC